UCUUCUUCACUCAUUUGUAAACCAUGGCUCUCUUCCUUCCUUCCUACAUUGAGAUCUACAACAACACUUCAGAUGUCUACAUGGUCCAAGUGGAGGAAGACAAAAUUUUCUUCAAAUAUGCCAAGUGGGUAGUAACAGCCUUUGCUGUGAUCUCCACCAUAGUUGCCACCGCUGGAGCAGCAUCUCCUUUGGUAGCCGUUCUAGUAGCAAAUGGAGUUGUAGAAGUGGUUGGGCUCUCCACUGCAGCACUCCUUGCAAUUACUUCAGCAGCUGCAACCAUUUCUGGGAUUUCAUAUGCUAGUACUGCAGCUGGUUGGGCAUUGAGCACUGUCAUCUUCUUCCAGGACAAGUUAAGAGAUGAAGGCUACGUUAAGAUUCUUCCAGGUGAAAAACAUAAGUUCCAGGUGAUUGGGAAUGGACCAUUUGGCUGGAGGCAAGCCAGUUGUCGCAGGAUCCGUGUCAACCCUUAUAACAAAGAAGAGGUGGUCAUGGACACAGUUUAUAUGAGGCCAAUCUUUUCAGGGGCUUUGCCAUUCACUACCCGCGAGCAUAACAUCCAAUACUGGAUUGAUAAAUGGGGGCACGAAGACUAUACUGUAAUGCGUUUAAGCCAGAAGAGCCGUAAAGCUAUUUGAUCGCCUGUGACCUCAGAUGAAGAGUACUAUUACUAGUAUAUUAUUUAUUAUUUAGUAGUAACAGAUAGAACAUAACACUCACCGGCACGGCAGGAAGAUCGACCCAGCGCCCUGCCCAAGGGAAGAGGACAGUUGCAUACUUGAAUCAUGCUCAUGGGAGGUUGUGUAAGACCAUUGUAAAUAAUAUAUGAAUGAAUGAAGGGCAAUAUUCAUUCAUUAGCUGUUUACACGGUCUUCCAAAGAGCAUGAAACUUCUCUCUUCGUGAUAUGUUUGUGCCCAAGCUCCACUCCCCAUAAAUCCAGAGCGAGAAGCAACUCCAUUGCCACUUAA